AUGCACUACACAGCCAUCAGGAAUGCAGCGGUCGAUAUGGUGCAAACGGCCAAACGCAAGUACGAGUUUAGCCUGGCCAAACGCCCCAAGGAUCAUCCCAAGAAAUAUUACGCCUAUGUACAACCGAAAAGGGCACUCACGGAUGGCGUGGGGCCGCUGCAGACCGAAGAACAUUCCGUUGCCACAGACGACAACAUCAAGGCGGUCACACUAAGUCUAUAA